UUUUAGUAAAUAGGUUAUAUUGUUUCAAUUGUUUUGUUUUAUUUUUCUGUUCUUUUUUUAAAUUCAAAAUGGAGGUAAUCGAAGAUGGAAAUAUUAUGGAUCGGAUCCCGAUUUUGUUACAAAGGGAUUUGGAGUAUUAUCAGAAAAACCAAACAGUCCUAUCAGAGACUAUUUGCAAAGGAGUUGUCGGUGGUAGAUUGGACUUUCCGAGGAAUGCUUCGUUUGCAUCUGUUAAAAUUGUACUGUGGUUGGAGGAGGAGUUUUCUAUUGCAUUCAAGCAAGGAUCUGGCAUGUUUGUGGUGACGAAGGAAGAUGAGAAAAGUGACAUUGGAGUGGCUAAAACUUCGGACCCUGAUAAGUUCGUGCAGCUGGCCAUCAAGUCUGGAGACUCAUUGUUAGAACAUCUCCACAUGUUAGCACAAGAAGCUCUGGAUCACGCUGAUCUACCAGUACUCACAGCCACGCUUGGUGCGGCGGCGUUGUUGAAAAACAGCUUGUACUGCUACGUGCAGCAUAUUGAGGAUAGUGGGAGCCCUGAGAGAUAUUCACAAAUCCAGGGUUGUUACAAACGCUACACAACUAUGUCGGAAGCUGUAGGCGAACGAGUAUUGGAUCUGCACAACCGAGUCUUAUCUCUGUAUAUCCUGCAAGAUUCGGGCGGACGACCGAUAGAUGGCAACACUAGGACUGUCCAUGAAAGUGGUACUCCUUCCGUACAAGGAUGGUGGCUUUAUAUGAAUGGAAGUAGACGAGAUCUGUGGGACACUGUACCUCCACGGAUGGCGCAGAGAAUAUUCGCAGGGAUGCUCAACGAAACGCUUACUAUUCUCACUGUGCGAUAUUGUCAGACAAAUACAACAGACACAACAACCCGUCUUCUUUUAAAUGACAUUCUAAACAUUCUCCUAUGUGUUGCUCAACUCUUGCCAUCAAUAUGUGCGAAUGGAUCCGACUUGGCUGGUCUGGACGUGAAGCAUCAGACAAGAGACGUGAGAGAUGUCCACGCCAAGUGCAAUGAGCUGUUCAAAUGUUUUGUUUAUCGGGGAGCUGACUUGCAUUUUAUACAUCAGGAAUUUAAAGAGAAAGAUCCGCCAACCAUACCAAGAGAAUGUCCAUUCCCCUGGUUUACCUUCGUUUCUCCAAUGUUAUUUGACAAGUUGGAUGAUCCGUCAGUAAGGAGUACACACGACCUCUCCAACAAGACUGCGUUUGGAUUGGAACUUAUCGUGUUGUUGGCACAACCACAACCGAAUUGGGCGUUGAUUGUUAAGGUCCUAAUGAUGCGCGACUGCCACCUGUCCCGAAUGCUCCUGAUCCGCGCCAUCCGCGCCAUGUGUCCCGACAACCUGAGGUGGCCGGCGGACGGGCUCUGGUACAGCGUACACGAUAGACAGAAGAAGUGCAGCGGGUUCCUCUGUACUGCCGACGGAUUCUGCAGGUUCAAGGGUGAUGUUAAUCCGGGCGAAGAGUUUGCCCGUGUGGCAGGGGCACUGACCUACGUAUUGGCUACGAUCGGCAGUAAGGCGGAGCUCAAGUCUACAUUGUGCUAUGCACUCGAGAUAUCUGGGAGAGACUGGGCUGCAUGCUUAGAUAAACGACAGGUGUGGUGUGACAGAAGGCCACCUUGGCUAGCUGGUAUACUGGCUCUAGUUGGGUCUAUACUGCAGUUCAUACCGCCGAUACUAGUGAACGCAGUGCAAAGCGGCGCUUCUAUGUAUCAGACAAUGGCUCUCUGUCUAUCGUGCAUAUCAAGGUCCUUAGACUGCGUUCCCCGUUGCUUCGUUAACGCGUGCUCGAUAAUAGAAGGCACUCUUCCCUCCCAUAUAAAUCCUGUAGGAGGCUCAGUUCUACUACAAAUGCUUGUAACUGUGACUUAUGAAGAAAUACAGAAAUGGGCUGAAGAGGAAGUUGAGAAAGAAAAAGCGGUAGCUUCAGCAGCUAAUGGAGAGCCUCAUACAAUGAGCGCAAAAUCUAGUAGACCAAGAUCUAAGCAAGUCAGGAUCGUUGCUCUUGGACAAACAACAACAUCAACAUCACUAAGUUUCGACGGCAGCCACAGCAGUGCCUCAUCUAUAGCCCUGGCAGUUGCCGAAGCUCUCUGCUCUAUAGAUGAAGACGAUAAACAUACUCGAGACAUACAACUAUUGAUAGAACGGGCGAAGAGAAAAGUUGUAUUGUCUGAACAAUUCGGGCUUGAAGACUUUCCUGAGUUCGCUGAGUUGUUUGAAGAGGGUGAUGUGCCCGGGUCGAAUGCAGAGCGAGCAAGUGAUGCAGCAGCCCUCACUAGCCAAAUACUUAUGACACCUCCUGGAAGAGAUAGUCUGAGAGUCAUCUACGAACAUCUAGCAUUACAUGCAGAGUGGAUUUACAAGGAGCUAGGCAUCCGCGAUUCCGGUGACGUCGAAAUACCUUCGAACAAGACACCGCUACUUUAUACCAUGUUCCAUAUUGGGAAACAACCUUUUGAUCAAUUUCUACGAGGCGAGUGGCCUCUACCCUGGAGUAAGCUGGUUGCCGUUGCCAAAGCCUGGUCAGGUCUAGAAGGAGUGAGGGUCCAUAUAAACAGACGCACUGACGUCCGCAACAUGAAGUCCCAAGGCAAAUCCAAUAAACAGUUGAUGCAACUUUGUUCCAUGUUCAAAUCAAAUAGUGAGGGACUUUUGUAGUGUGCUAACGUUCGGUUACGUUCGGCAAUCUUCGGGCUACUUCGGGUGCACACUAAUAAAGAUUUUGUUAAAGUUUUUGUAGAUUUUAUUUGUGCCUUAUUGUGAAAUAUUAGUUAAUGUACUGUUAUGUGUUUAUGUUUUAAUGAAAUAUGUGAUUAAAAUGUUAGUAAAGCAAUAAAUAAAGUCGUUAAAUAUUUGUU